AUGGAUGUGUUGAGUAGAAUGAUGGAGGGGAUGGUGGACUGGGGCUUCAUUUCGGGUUUCUCGGUGGGGGAUUCCUCACGUAGCAUAUCAGUCACUCAUCUCCUUUUUGCCGAUGAUACGUUGAUAUUCUGUGACCCAGAUCCUGAUCAAAUUUGCUCUAUGAGAGCUCUUCUUUUGUGUUUUGAAGCUGUCUCAAGUCUUAAAGUGAAUUUAACUAGAUCUGAAAUUGUCCCAGUUGGUUUGGUUAAUAAUCUAAACAAAGUGGCGGCCAUUUUGGGUUGCAAGGUAUCAUCCUUGCCUGUGAAAUACUUGGGACUUCUUUUGGGAGCUUCUCAUAAAUCCAAGGCAAUGUGGGAUGGGAUUGUUGAGAAAAUCGAACGCAAACUGGAGGUUUGGAAGAGAAUUUACUUGUCUAAAGGCGGUAGAAUCACACUUCUCAAGAGCACUUUAUCCAAUCUUCCAUGGUACUUCUUAUCCUUGUUCCCCCUGCCUGCAAUAUUGGCAAAUAGACUAGAGAACCUUUAUUGUGAUUUCCUAUGGGGAGGAUUAGAAGACGAGAAAAAAAUUCAUUUAAUUAAAUAG